ACGAAUGUUCAAAUAUGUCCUCCGAUUUCUGAUAACCGCAACAUAGAUCAAGGGCAACCAACAUCUGAAAAACCUUCCUACCGAUCUGUUGCUGCAAUCUUUUUAAACAAGAACCCGGCGCAAAAUAGAACUUCAAACCCGUCACUCGGUCCCACAUCUUCCCCUGGUACUUGUGCUAGUUCUCAGGCAUCUUCUAGUGGUUAUGCUCCCAUUAAUCGUUCAGACCAAGCUUCUCAACCAGUAAGCCGUUGGCAGACAAUCAACUCAAGAAAUCAAAGAGCUGUUUCUCGAAGUUCGGUAACUGAUGGCUCACAUCUUCAACAACCAGCAACUCAGAACCCGACUGCAAACAAUCAGCGUGUGAAAUCAAGACAAAAGCGCAAUAAACAACUAUCAAAAAGGAAUUUUUUCGAAUCAUUAGAACCAACUUUGAAUACAACACCCUUGGAGGAUACCUCCAAUGAUCAAACUUUAAAUACAGUGGAAGAAACGCCUCUAUUACCGGCAUCACCGCAGCUGCAUCCGACAGCACCUGUGCAGCAACCAUCACCGCCAUUUGAGCAAUCGACAUCAUCUCAGAUGAAUUCGACAUCAUCUCAGAUGCAUCCGACAUCUCAGAUGCAUCCGACAUCAUCUCAGAUGCAUCCGACCCCUCAGAUGCAAUCGCUGACAUCAUCUGCGUUCGCAGCAUUCGGUACGUAUCAGCUGAAACCUCAGAUCGGAAGAAAAGCUCGAUCUGCAUCACGAGAUGCGGCAGUGGAGCAACAGAGUGGACCUAGAAGAAGAGGAUCGUAUCCCCAUCAAAUGCAAGAUGGCGCGUCCCCAAUGCCGUUGACCAAUGUGUUUACCCAAAGCGGAGCAACACAAGUUGGUGAUCAGAACCAGCAGCAAUUAACGACCCAAGAAAUUACACCAAGUCCAAAAAGUUAUCAGGAUUUUCUGAACUUGCAGCCUACGCAGCAAUCGAACGCACCUCUAUCCACACAAAUGCAGCAGAUGUCUCAGUUGUCAAGCUCUACACCCGAACGAAGACGAUCGAUCACCGAUUUCGAUAACGGGAUACCACAGACGCUUCCAGAUCACAGUUCUCAAGUGCUUCCAAUAUCUGCAGAAAAAACGCCACUCUCGGCGACACCAUUUGAAAUUAGUGCCAACUUGACGAACUCGGCAGUAAAUGAACAAAAUGAACAAAUGCAUUCAGAAUCGAACACUUUGGAUCAAAUGAAUGUUCAAGGUCAAGAAAGCUUUGAACAUCCAACCCUGCAACAAGAAACCACUGGAAGAGAAAUGGUACCAGAGGGGAACUCUGCAGUUCCUCAUGAUGCGAUAACAGAUGAAAUUGCUGUUCAGGAGAUCUCCGGUAAGAAAAAGAAAAAGAGCAGGCGAAAUAGAAAGAAUAAUGAUGCGACACCGAAUACCGAAGAACUCGUCGCGCAGACACCAUCAAUUGCACCUGAAAACAUUGCAGACAACACUAACACUACAAUCACUACUAGCCAGCAAGUCACAACACAAAUCACGACUAGUUCUAAUAAUACAAAUGAUAACGCAAUGGAACAACCCCAAGGAACAUCUGAAAACACAACUGCUGAGGGAUUUCCAAAUCAAAACUUAACUUCCGGAGAUGUUGCUGUCACCGAGGCUACUCAACAAGAUGCAGUUAGUAGUGGCAAAAGUAAAAAGAAGAAGAACAAGAAGAAAGAUAAGAAGGCAAGUGAACAAAAUAAGGCAGAUGACGAGUUGCUUGAUGCUCUACAGCCGCCCGUAGUUGAGCCGGAUAACAAGACUCAUGUCUUUCCAAAACCAGAAGGACAGGCACUGUUGAGUUUGACUAGAACUGGCAAGAACAGAACCUCACUUCUGGGGCGUGGUCAAAACUCUAAAGACAUGGUCAAGAACCGAGUGCGUCCGUUAACCGGCAAUCAGAAUUCUCAAACCAAUGAAAUUAGAGAAUGGUUUGGGACAGGGAGCGGAGGAGACACGCCAGUUACCAGAAAAGACUUGAUGCUUUUUAAGGAGGACGGAGUGGUCCGACAUUGCCCCUUGCACAGUUUUAACCCACUCAAAUGGGACUACUCAAACCAAAUUGGACCGUACACGAGAACUCGGAAAGAUGGAAGUUGCUCCGGGUGACAACUGGUUCGCUUAUCAGUUAACUCCCGGUGCGUACAUCUGGGUGGGAGUCGCGUAUCUUUUCGAAGCAGCUUGCUAAUCAGCAGGACUCCGAUAAGGAGGAGCCGAGUGUGGACCGAAUACGCACAGCAAAUAUCAAAUAAAAAAUUCAACAGUUCAGCUGAAAGUUAUUAUGGGUUUGCUUGGCUGAGAGACCUUAUAAACGCAGAUCAAUUCGACUGGUUUCGAACAGAUGUGGACGAAGCACAGCUGCAAGCGGACCAAGAGCCUGCAGAGUUUUGGAACCGAUUCAAGAAUAACGAAGAAAUUUUGGCUAUUACCCGGAUUCGUUAUAGGGUUCUACAAACUCCUGAGGGUGAUGUUGUGGUGGACGCAUGGGAUCCCCAAGGCCAUAUAAAGGCUCUAAGGUGGAUUUCACUCUACAUCACUCGGCUUGUGGAAAUGGUGCCAGAGUUAAUGGAGACUGGUCUUCGCAAGAUGGAUUCUUAUCACUUGGUGGAACUUGUGUUUUAUGGGAUGUUCCUGAUUCUGCGGAAAUGCGCUGCUGAUGGAUAUUAUAGAGAUCAGAAUUUGCUGCCGGCCGGUGGGAGAAACUUAGUUAUAGCGAUGUAUCGAAAUGAGCAACAAAGAGCAGCCACUGCAGCGUAGAAAGCGAAUAACGUGAAUAAUGCAAAUAAUGCGAACAAUGCUAAUGAUGGAAACCAAUAGAAAAAAAACCAGAGCAGGAAAAUGUAGAACGAUCGACAACUUUCGUUUCGACUUACCAAAAACUGCGUCGGAAAAAAGGACGUUUCCUUUAAUUUGUACAGGUGUGAAUAAUUCC